CACCACCACAACCAUCAUUUGGAUCGAUUCCUCGUAGAAGACGGUAUUUCUUCAAAAAAAGAAGCAAAAAUCCACCACCACCACCACCGCCACCGCCAUCAUUUGGACCGAGUCUUCCUUGGCUCAAGAGAAGAAAAAUCAAUCCAACAUUGCCGUCUUCCAUCAACAAGGACAUGUCUCUGAUCCAAAAACACAUGUUGACAUGGUACUUGCUCACCCUUUUGAUGCGCCAAAAAAUCCAAACCCGAAACCAGCAACCUGAAGAAACACGAGAAGAAUGGGUGAUUUCGAUUAAAGACAAGAUGGAACAAACACUCAGAGAGGAUGCCACAACUAGCUGGGAAAGGCUAUGUAUCUAUAGAGUUCCACAAUACCUUCAAGAGAACGACAACAAGUCCUACUUCCCUCAGACCGUCUCGCUUGGCCCCUACCACCAUGGCAAAGACCAUCUCCUGCCUAUGGAUCGUCACAAGUGGCGGGCAGUCAAUAUGAUCAUGGCACGCACCAAACAAGGCAUCGAAAUGUAUCUUGAUGCCAUGAAAGAGCUCGAGGAGAGGGCUCGUGCUUGCUACGAAGGUACCAUUGGUUUGAGCAGUAACAAGUUCACAGAAAUGUUGUUUCUUGAUGGUUGUUUUGUUCUUGAACUCUUCAGAGGAGCUGAUAAAGGGUUCUCGGAACUAGGAUACGAUCGUAACGAUCCGGUUUUCGCUAUGCGAGGAUCCAUGCAUUCAAUUCAACGUGACAUGGUGAUGCUAGAAAAUCAACUUCCUCUGUUUGUUCUCAACCGGUUAUUAGAGCUACAGCUUGGUCCACAAAACCAAACCGGUUUAGUAGCGCAAUUAGCAAUUCGGUUCUUCGACCCACUAAUGCCAACAGACGAACCGUUGACCAAAACCGAUCAGUCUAACAUUGGAAAAGAGAAAUUCUUUAACCCAAUAGCCGACAAGGACAAGGACGAGUUGCACUGUCUGGAUGUUUUUCGUCGAAAUCUGCUUCGGCCUAGUACAAAACCAGAGCCGAGGUUGUCACGGAGGAGAUGGUCAUGGAAAACACGUGUUGCCGAUAAGCGCCAACAACAACUAAUACAUUGUGUUACGGAACUAAGAGAGGCCGGUAUCAAAUUCAAGGCAAGAAAAACCGACCGGUUUUGGGAUAUAAGAUUCAAAAAUGGUUAUCUAGAGAUACCCAAACUACUCAUCCAUGACGGUACCAAAUCUCUCUUCUCGAAUCUUAUAGCUUUUGAACAGUGCCAUAUCGACUCGAGCAAUGACAUAACAUCCUACAUAAUCUUCAUGGAUAAUCUGAUAGAUUCUCCACAAGAUGUUAGCUAUUUGCAUUAUUGUGGUAUUAUCGAGCAUUGGCUAGGAAGUGAUCUUGAGGUUGCGGAUUUGUUUAACCGGCUAUGUCAAGAAGUAGCUUUCGACCCUCAAAAUAGCUAUUUAUCUCAGUUGUCUAACAAGGUUGACCGUAACUAUAGCCGAAAGUGGAAUGUUAUGAAGGCGGUCUUGAAACACAAGUACUUCAAUAAUCCUUGGGCGUAUUUCUCUUUUUUUGCUGCACUUGUCCUCCUAGUUCUCACACUGUUUCAGAGUUUUUUUAGUGUUUAUCCAUAUUUUAAGCCACCGUCUUAAUUUUCAUCAUUGUUCCAUAGUUUAUUUCACUCAAAUAAUUUGGAAUGUUUGUAUUAUACAUCUCCUUUUUUUUUGCCGAACAUCGUGUAUUAUUCUUCA